GCCCGCCCCGGCCGCAGCCGCAGCCGCCCCGCUUCGCCCAGGCAAUGACAGCGGCUCCGGCCCCGUCCCCGCAGCAGAUCAGGGACCGGCUGCUGCAGGCCAUCGACCCGCAGAGCAACAUCCAUAACAUGGUGGCAGUGCUGGAAGUGAUCUCCAGCCUGGAGAAAUAUCCCAUUACCAAAGAGGCACUUGAGGAAACCAGACUCGGGAGGCUUAUCAAUGAGGUGAGGAAGAAGACAUCCAAUGAGGAACUUGCCAAACGUGCCAAGAAAUUGCUGAGGAAUUGGCAGAAGUUGAUAGAACCCGUAACCCAGAAUGAGCCAGUGCCAAGGGGGCUGCCCAACCCGCCAGGAUCAGCAAAUGGAGGCGCUCACAACUGCAAACCAGACUCACAACUUCCUGCUGUGCCCGGCGCCAAGCCCAUCAGCGAACUGAAAAGCAGGAACGAUAUCCAGAAACUAAAUUCUCCAAAAACAGAGAAACUGGGAAAUAGGAAAAGGAAAGGUGAUCACAGGGACGGGCAUCAGGGCCCUCCUCCCCCAAAGGUCUCCAAAGCUAGUCAUGAAGUAUUACAAAACUCUUCACCCCCUCCAACCAAUGGAAUUGGAGGUAGUCCUGAAAAUUUUCCUAGUCCUGUAGACAUAAACCUACACGCAGGGCCUGAAAGCAGCAGGACAGAUCUCAGUGAAAACGAUAAACACAAUAAGAUCCCAGUAAAUGCUGUAAAACCUCACACCAGUUCUCCAGGACUUGUAAAACCUUCAAGCACUUCCUCGUUACUAAAGACUACAGUGCUUCAGCAGCAUGAUAAAUCAGAAGAAGCCACGGGCCCCCACCAGCCCAAGAGCCCACGCUGCUCCUCCUUUAGCCCCAGGAACGUUAGGCAUGAUACUUUUGCUCGGCAGCACACCACGUACUCACCAAAGGAUUCGAUGCCCAGUCCAUCUCAAAGGUCUCAGCUGGCGGACGCCGCACCGGUGCCAUCGCCGCCGCCAUCCCUGAUGCAACCAUCCACACCUCCCAUGCCAGCCAAGAGACUGGAGUUCCCUCCUCAGGCGGCCCCCGAGGCGGCGCAGCACUGGCAGGAGCAGCAGGGAGCCCCCGAGGGCCAGCACAGGCACACAGCAGGGACACUUCAGCAGCACACGGCUCCCGGCUGCAAAGCCCACCCCGGGGAAUCACACACGGGCUUCCCACAGGACACUUCCAGAAUGGACAGUGACGAUGCUGCUUCAGGGUCUGAUAGCAAAAAGAAGAAAAGGUACCGACCCAGAGACUAUACAGUCAACUUGGAUGGGCACGUGAUAGAAGGGGGUGUGAAACCUGUGAGGUUAAAAGAGAGAAAACUCACUUUUGAUCCCAUGACAGGACAGAUAAAACCUUUAACACCGAAAGAUCCUUUGCAGGUAGAAAUCCCUGCACUUACUGAACAGCACAGGACAGAAACGGAAAAGCAGGAGCAAAAACCCAACCUGCAAAGCCCCUUUGAACAAACGAACUGGAAAGAGUUGUCCAGAAAUGAAAUCAUUCAGUCAUAUUUAAACAGACAGAGUAGCUUGCUGUCUUCAUCAGGAGUACAGACUCCAGGAGCUCACUACUUCAUGUCUGAGUAUUUAAAGCAGGAGGAAAGCACUAGAAAAGAGGCUAGAAAGACUCACGUUCUAGCUCCUAACAGCAAACCUACAGACUUGCCUGGGGUCACCAGAGAGGUCACGGGCGAUGACCUCGACAGAAUACGUGACCACAACUGGCCAGGCGUGAACGGUUGUUAUGACACACAGGGUAACUGGUAUGAUUGGACACAGUGCAUAUCCUUAGAUCCACACGGGGAUGAUGGGAGAUUGAACAUCCUGCCUUACGUCUGCCUAGACUGAGAGCAGUUCUGCUAACCACGCUUUUUACACCUGCAGUUAGCAGAACUGGCAGACACGAUGCCACUUCCAGCUGGAGAGAGCCUCCUGUCCUGGACAAACAGGCCCCACGAGCAGAGGGGGGGAGGGAGCUGGGCCUUUCCAGCUCGUUCCUUUAAAUUCUCCUUUUGUGAAAUGCUGCUACCAGUUUACUAACAAUUGCAAAGGAAGGCAUACGAAGGUUGAUCAGUUGAGUUCAAAACUCUAGAGCAAGCCAGCUAUAAAAAGUGUUAGUCCCCAAGAAGUGAAGAGGAUUUCCAGCACUUUCUGAAUGCCGGAAUCUUAUUACAGGCAGGUACAGAGAAAAAUUGUGGAAGUUACCUUAACAAAAUAUGCAUCUAUUUAUUUGACUUGAUUUGGGUUUUUAUUUGGCAGUGAGAUAUUCGAGAGACAACGUGCAAAAACUGUAGUUUUAUUUCUAUCACAUCUCUGAACAUGAUUGCGUUAUUUAAGAGUCAUGUGGUACGGAGAUUGGGUUUUAAACAGCAGGUGUUGCACUGCAGGCUGGGCCACCAGCUUCAGCUCAACAUUCCAUAGGCAUCCACAUAUUUUAGUCUGGUUUCAGUUUAAAUCCAGUCUCUGAGAAAUGCUGCAAAAACUAGAUGUUUAACGAUAUUUUUUGAUCCCACCACCACCAGCCAAAUAUUUUUCCUCCUUUUCCCUUCCUGCAAACUUAUAGGUAAAAAACAAAAAGACAAAAAAAACAAAAAGACAAAAAGAAAAAAAAAAAAAAAGAAAAAUCACCUUUUCUAGAAUCUAAAUGUAAUGAGGGUGCUACAAGUUUGUAACUGUACUGUGAGAGGGAAAAAGGAAGCCUGUUUGUAUGCUGGAAAUAUACUUGUUACCAUUCCUUUAGAUAUUGUUUGCCUUAUGGAUAUCCAUCAUAAACGCAAUUUGCAAAAACAAAGAGCCUUAGUGAAUGUACAGUAACUAGACUUCUGUGUUCCUGGGAUGCAGAAGGGAGCAACUUUGCUAUUUGGUCCUUUAAGUGGACACGUUGUGAUAUAAAUGUGGAAAUAAAAAAAAUUUGCACAAACCAGUUUGUGAAUUAUUUAUAUACACUCCACUCGUUUCCCUCCCCCCCCCCGAGUUUGCUCAGUUCAGCCCAGCUUGGGGAGCCCUGGCACUGGGGACCCCUCGGAGCAGGGAGGUAGGGAGAACGGGAUUGUCUUCCAAGAACCUCGGUGUGCUGUCCAGUCACACAGGGUGGAUCUGUUUGAACUCUGGAGACUGAUAACACAACUGCUGAUAAUGUACCUCAAAGUCU